GGCAGAAAUGGGGACGUCCAGUGUCCUGUUCACGGACUCUUUGUGCGCUGGAUUUAUUUUCCUCUGAGCGGACUGUCUUUGCCUUUAGUCCCUUUUCCCAGAGGUUUUCUGUACCCUCUACCUACGUGCCCCGGACCCUCCCCUCCCCCUGCAGUGGCACUCGGUUGCGGUUUCCGGUGUCCGUGCUCCGGAGGAUGGCGUCCGGCUCCAGCCGCAUCCCCUGCACCACCACCGGCCCCAGACUCGAGCGCACGGACAGCCCCCGAGAGCAGACCUCACACGGUGCACAGAAGCACCGAUAAACCCCCGAUCCAGUGAGUUCCUACUUCUGCCUCUCCUGAUUUCUCUGUGUGCAUCCUUCAAAAGGUCAAAAUGACGGAAGCGUGGCAGCAGGCCGCCCCAGCUGUGGUGCACACUCUUCCCCAGGGAGCAGAGAACGCUUUGGGCUGCACCGUCUACGGAGUGGUCCUUCAGCCCGACACCACCACCCUCCAGCAGGUCCAAGCGCAGCAAUCACAAAUGCAGGUCACCAAAUGCAACGCCUGUGGUCAGGACAUCUCUCACCUCGCUAACCCUCACGAGCAUCAGUGUAUGGUGACCCAAGAUCGAUCCUUCCAAUGUACUCAGUGUAUGAAAAUCUUCAGCCAAGCCACAGACCUCUUGGAGCAUCAGUGUGUUCAGGUGGAGCAGAAACCAUUCGUGUGCGGCGUGUGCAAAAUGGGGUUCUCUCUGUUGACGUCAUUGGCGCAGCAUCAUAACUCACAUGGCAACGGGAACAAUCCGAUGAAGUGUUCCAUCUGUGAGAAAACCUACCGCCCCGGAUCUGGUAACGUGACGCCAACUUCUUCUGCAGCAAAUCCGCAACAACCUUCCAGCGGUGAAGCGUCUGGUGGAGUGGCUUCUAUCGAUGAAUCCUCUCCUCCCGCGUUCGAAGCUAACUCGCCGGAUCGACCGUACAAGUGCUCUGUGUGUCACAAAGGAUUCCGGCAUCUUUCAGAGUUAACGCGUCACGAGAGAGUUCACACCGGUGAGAAACCGUACAAGUGCGAUCAAUGUGACAAAAGCUUCAGCCAGUCCUCGCAUUUGGCGCAUCAUCAGAGAACGCACAGCUCCGAACGCCCGUACAAAUGUGCAGUGUGCGAAAAGAGUUUCAAACACCGCUCCCAUCUUGUACGGCACAUGUACGCGCACUCAGGUGAGCACCUGUUCAAAUGCAACCUGUGUGAGAUGCAUUUCAAGGAGUCCUCCGAGCUCCUGCACCACCAGUGUCAACCAGAGGGGGAGCGCCCCUUCAGCUGCGGUUCUUGUGGGAAAAGUUUCAAACGCCCUUCGGAUUUGCGACAACACGAGCGCACGCAUUCAGAAGAGCGGCCGUUUCAGUGCGAGGAAUGCCAGAUGAGUUUCAAACAGCAGUACGCUCUCGUCCGCCAUCGGCGCACGCACAAAAACCCGGCGGAUCGGCCAUUUAAAUGCAAUCUCUGCGACAAAGGAUUCCUGCAGCCCUCCCAUCUCCUCUACCAUCAACAAGUACAUGGAAUGGAGAGUCUGUUCAAGUGUGCGUCGUGCCAGAAGUCCUUCAGCCAGUCAGGGGAGCUGUUGAGGCACAAAUGCGGCGGUGAAGUGGAGAAGCCGUACAAAUGCGACGUUUGCGGAAAAGGUUAUAAGAAGAAUUCAACUCUACAGCGUCACCAGAACUCGCAUUGCACAGAGAAACCGCUAAAAUGCUCUCUCUGUGACAAGCGCUUUGUCUCCUCUUCAGAGUUCGUACAACACCGAUGUGAUCCAACCCGGGAAAAACCUCUCAAAUGCCCGGAUUGUGAGAAGCGAUUCCGGUAUUCCUCCGAGCUACAGCGCCAUCGCAGGGUCCACACUGGAGAGAAGCCGUUCAAAUGCGCUAGCUGUGAUAAAAGUUUCAAACAACGUGAGCAUUUGGCGAAACACCAAAGUGUGCAUUCUAGGGAGACCCAGUUUAAGUGUGUAUGGUGCGGGGAGAGGUUUGUAGAUCUGGCCGCGCUGCAGGAACACACGGUCCAACAUACCGGAGAGGCAGAGAACUUCCCCGGAGAAGAACAGUGCAUCUCGUAAAGGAAAAAACUACGGGAAAAAUAUGGAAAACUAGCAUCCACGUUUAAUAUUAGGGUUUAAGCAAGGACUGUAACUGUUAUAGAGAAACAUAUUGUGCUCUUAUUGUCCUGUGGGGUACGGUGAACAGAAAUGGGCUGCUUUAAUGUAUCGAGAAUUAGGACUGCAAGAUUAAUCGCAAGUAAAUCACAAUUUGAAUGGACGGAAUUGGCAAAUCGCAAAAGCUGCAAUUUUUGAAGUACCAUAAUUUUUUCCACAAACAACAAAAUCUGUUUAAUUCUGCAUAAAAAUGUUUAACCCUGUAGUUUAGAUCUGUAAACAUGUUCUGAAAUGUGAUUCUUGUAUGAGUUUGUCAGUGCAUAUUUCAGUUUUUCUGUCAAUUCUUCUGGAUCUGUUAAAAAGGUGAAUUUUGGGCAGAAUUCUAUUAUUAAAACAUAAAUCACAAACCUUGUCAGAAAAAAACACAAUCGGAUAUUUUUACCAAAUUGUUCAGGCUUAUUGAGGAUUUCCUAAAGUUAAUUGAAAGAAAAUUAUUAAUAGUCAUUAUUUGCUCUACUGGUCUCGGUGACAAUACAAACGUUGACGUGUAAGUGAUAAAACAAAAGCAGGGCCUUAUUUGAAAUGUGAAUUAAGCAUAUGAUUUUCUGCUUAUCAUCAGACAAUGUGUAAUAAUAUAUGUAUGAACUAUUGAACAUCAAAAUUGUGGCUAGUAACUAUGACGUUGUUGAAAACGUAUGUUUAGUAAUCCGUACUGAACUUACUUUUCAAAAUAAGUAACAGAUAACAAAAACUACAAUUUUAUAUCCUUUUAAUGUCAUGUUUUGGUCCUAAAUGUAAAUUACAAUAACACUUUGAGUAAUGUAUUGUCUUUUAUUGUGUAUCUCGAAAUGUUAGGAUUUUGAACAGGCCAGUCUGAAUUCUGCCUUGAUGACUAAAGCAACUUUAUACUCAAGUCUAUGGAGAAUGAAAUGAAUGGAUAGUAAUGAUUUGCAAUUUUUUUAGGCACAGUGAAUAUUUGAGCAUUUUGUGUCAAAUUUUUACUUUCCUUUCUAGAAUUACAAACAAAAACAGAAUUUUGAAUGUGUUAAGAUAUUGUUCUUAAUUUCCUAACAAAACUGGGCCAUGUGUAAUCCAUUCUAAAAUAUGUGGAUUUUCAGUGCCUCUCAAACAUAUUAAUUAUGGAGUCAUUCAACCUAACUAAAACCUAUUUCUGUUCACCGUAGCGACCCAAAAACUUGCUUAAGCUAAAAUCGUGCCAGCCUCUUGCUCCCUUCUCUCCUCCCCAUUAUAACGGUUAAUUAUUUGUGUUGCCCACCAUUUUCAGAAUUUUGAAAAGACUUAAAGCAAACAUUGACUUUUGAAAGUGGGACCCCCCCUUUAAAGAUGUACUUUACCAUUUCAUUUUUGUGAUAUUUUGCAUGUGAGUAAAUCUAUUUUGUUCCCACGAAAUGGCCAGAACUUUCCGGAAAAAGUGAAACACGGAAUUUGAUGUGCCUUUUUCAAUGUGUUCUGUUGUUUUUAAGUUUGUAUCUUUAUUAUAUAUUCUACCCUCCCUUUUUUGCGAAGCGUUUAAUGGCUGGCUUUUUCCAAAUAGUAUUCCUAGUUAGCGUCAUAUGUUUGUGCAUGAAUAUUUAUCACUCUUUAAUCACUGUUGUAAUAUAGUUUUGUUAUUUUAGAAAACAUCCUACGAAAAGUUAAAAUACGUGUGGAUUCGUGAACCUUGUAUAGCCUGUGUCCUAUUAAAAAAACGUGUUGUUGCAUCUUUGUAUUGGCCAAUUCUGUCGCUGCAAGGGAACAGUUCACUUAAAUACAAACUGAACAGAAACGUGGGCUUUUAACACUGCUUCAUGCGUUUCAUAUUUACCAGUUACUCAUUUAAUUUACUCUGGGGACAAUAUAAAUAGGGUUGUCAAAAUUAUUGAAAAUCAGAUGCUAAUUCAUACUAAAACUAGUAUCGAAACUAGAUACUCAAUGGAGCAGGUAUUAAUACUAAAAAAAUCCCAUUGGCAAGACAGAAAUGAACCUUUCUUGAAUAGCUUUAGAAUGAUCUUGAGCUGUAUCAGAACAAGUAUAAGAGACAUAGAGUAGUAUACACCCAUGGACCACUGAGGGAUUACACAGAUAUAAGGCCACAUUGGAAUAUGAAGGAAUAAGCAAUACGAUUUCAUGUUUAAAGUCACAUUCUAUUGUCUAAAUAUCGUGGGAACAGAAUCGGUAUUUACUAUCCAGCCCAUUUCUCGCACUGAUCCAACUUUAAGUAUAUCGAUAUUAACUAAUACCAAUGUAGGGAGGGAAAAUGGCAGUUAUUUCCUUAAAACACGAUAACUUGUUACAUGAAAUCCAAUGCAGCUGUUCUGUAUCCUUCAAAUCACAACUGAACAGCUUCACAUGAAUAAAAGUUCAAACAUGAGACGUUUAAGGCCAAAAUCAACCCGUAAAUAGUCUUAUUACAUCCAGUUAAAGGCUAAACCAGCUUAACUGACAUCAUGGAAUCGAUACCUGAUCCAGCUAAUCUUUCAGUAUCUGAGUAUCGAAUAUCGUUACUGAAUAUCGACACAAACUCGAAAUCUAGUUUGAAAUUUUAGUAUUGUGACAACAUUAAUCUUAACUGUAAAUGUAUUUUAUAAUUUCAUAAAAACAUGGCCCUUUUUUAAACCUUUCAGUUGAAAAUAUCACUUGUUUUAGACAUUAAGUCCACGUUUCUGUUAUUUGUAUUUAAAAACUUAAACUUCAGGCGAUUGAGUUGAUUUCAAGUCAAGGUUUUGGGACUUUGACACUUGAUUCGUGCAAUAGAAGGUGCACAGUGUAUUAUUGGACUACUGAACCUAGUCUGUUCUGUUAUAGAGUUGUGUGGCGAACAUGUAAAGUGCUUUCUAGUUAUGUUCAAAUUUGUUUUCAAAGGUCUUAUAUUAUGCGGCUCACUCUUGUACUUUUACCCAGGAAAUCUUCCCGAUCAAAAAUAUAGCUGGAGUGUUUUGUUAUAUGUUUUUGAGUACUGGUAAUGGAUAUUUUUAGUAGGGCUGGGUGCUUCUGACCAAUUCUAUUCAAGUUUUUUUUUUUCUUUUCAAAAACAAAAAAUGGUUUUCAGUAUUGAUUUUAUUAACAAAAACACAACGGCUUUAAAAUGAUUGUGAUUAAACAUAAACAGCCUAAUGUCUUUCUCCAAAUUCAGAACUGUCCUCUAAACAUCAUGCUUUUACUGGCUGUGGCUCUCUCCAUUAAAAAAAUCCAAGCUGAUCACUGACCAUUUGAAGUGACUGAAUCUUGAUCUUGAUUAAAAUUAGAUUAAUUGCCCUAAUUUUUUUUUCGCGUCUCCAUGUUCCAAGCAAAAAACACUUGUCCCCACUUUGUGACAUUAUCAGGUGGUAAUCCUCCAUGUUUUUAAAGUCCAUAUUGUUUCAUCAGGUCUAAGCGCUCAGAUUGCCUUUAUAAUGAUACAUCUCAAUUUAGAAGCUAGCACCUUUUUUUUUUUUUUUUUUUUUUUUUUUACCUCAUUUGAACUUGCUUAUUUAGUAUGCUCAGAAAUCAUGGGUUGAAAUAACUUGUUUUCCAUGCAUUUACAGUAUUAGAAUGUAAAUGUGAAAUGCCAAGGUUUAGGUGUCCAAAAACCUGUCAAAAUGCCUGUGUAAUGCAUAAUAUGGGACCUUUACGUGUUUGUUUUGUAUUUUCUGGAAACUUCACCAGGUUUAGACUCCUCACAGAUUCACGGUUAGUUGCUGUAAAAAAAUACGACUAAUUUGGGACAGUGUGGAUUUGAAGUUAUUACAAUAUAAUUUAAUAUCUUAAAGCUGGAAGUCAGUGUCAAAAAUUGCAUUAGAAAACAGUUUCACUUAGUUUUGGUGAAUACAUUUGUAAUUACUAAGUCAAAAAAUGGGUCUAGAGUUACCUUCAUUUGACUUAAACAAAUGUAUUGUGUGUAUUGAUUCACAAAGGAAAUUACUUGGACAUAGUAGCUCAACAAAUAUAUAAAACAAUUUUCCUUGAGAACAAAUAACAUAACAUUAAUAACAUUGCACAAAAUAAUGUUUUUAGGCAACUUAUACUUAAUUGAAUUGAAAGUAUUACUAUUGUUUAUAUUAAAACAAUAGGCUACAUUCACAUUCUAGGUUAAAAUCCUUUCAACUAAAACAAUCAUGUCAAAGUUUAUAUAUGUAUAUAUAUAUAUAUUACAUAAUUUCAUUUUUGUUUAUUGUUUCAUGUGGAUAGGCCCAGUAAUUACAGAGAUAUUAACUAUAAACCAGGUUAACAACAUCUGUAGAGAAUUCCAUCAUAGAAUUCUGACCAGUUUCCAGCUCAGGUUAAACUAUAGUUAUUCUCCACUGCUGUGAUAUCACGUGAACUUGAAAACUGCUUAACUCUUGCAAAUUGCCCUCUGGUCUAUAUAUUACUAAAUAUUUACUCAAAAUGAAAUCUACAUUGUUGCCCUAAUACUCAAAUAUGUACUUCCCAAUAUGUUACGUCCUACUUUGUCCCAUCUUCGUCGUACUGAAACAGCCCUGUAGAAAUUAGCACCAUUUUAUUUUACAAGCAGCUCAAAGUUACUGCCAGAUAAACAUUACGUGACUAUAAACGUAUCUACUCCUGACACCUCUGCAGUAUGUAUUUAAAUAAAUGUUUUUGGAGUUUGAAAAAGGGACGGACUGAAGGAGAUGACUCUUGUUGAUACUGUAAACAUAAAAUAAACACCUUUAACUCCAA